GCAGGAGGGACCACAGGCAGGCACACAGAAACAGGACCAGCCCCCAGCAAUGCCCCUUCCCUGAGGGCCAUGGAGCUGAGAGCCCUCCUGCUGCUGCUGCUCUGCUUCCCAGGUCUCCAAGCCCAAGCACCUCAUGCCAAGGAGAGACAACAGGAAGGGAGCACUCUGCAUAUCCAGUGUCCUUACACAGACAAGACUCACAAACAGCACUGGAAAGUCUGGUGCCGCCUGCAAGAUGAACAAUGCUAUGACCCUGUCGUGAUAACAAACUCCCAGAGGAUGAGCCAAACCAGGGACAGAGUUACAAUAAAAGAUGACCCCGCUGCUAAGACCGUGUCUGUCACCAUGACUGGCCUCAAGGCAGAGGACUCGGGUACAUACUUCUGUGCAGUUUCCCGUGGCAGUGGCAAUUAUUCUCCACUGAAGACAAUCUCACUGAAUGUUUUCAAGGAGGUGCUCCUGUGGGAGUUGGACACUCUGUGGCUGCAGUGCCCCUACAACAACUGGGGGUACAGCACAACCUGGUGCCGAAGGGAAGGGCAGGCUGAGUGUGGAGUCAUGGCCAGCACAGAUUACCAUUCAACACUGAGCAACAGCAGAGCUCCACAUGACAGAACAUCGAUCAUGUACAACAACUACCUGGGUACUGUCACCGUCACCGUGAAGAAGCUGCAGGCCCAGGACAGCGGCACGUACUGGUGUGCACUCAGUGGCCACACCCGAGUAAUGGAGGUCAUGCUCUCUGUCUUCAAGAGGACCCAGCAGUACACAGCCAAGGAGUCAGGCAAUGUCUCUGUCCAGUGUCUGUACAAGAAUACGGACUACGGGGCUGUGAGCAAAGCCUGGUGCAAAGAGGGAGCGAGGACACCAUGUGAGGUACUGGUCACCACGAGCUCAGGGGCCUCAGGGAACCAAAGGACAUCUCAGGAUGGCAGAGUCAGGAUCCAGGACGACGCCCAGCGGGGGAUUGUCACCAUCACCAUGGAGCAGCUGCAGACACAGGACUCUGGCGUGUACUGGUGUGCACUCCAUGAAACCUCUGGUCCCUUCUGGAUGGAGGAGGUCACACUCAAGGUUUCCAAGGCACUGGCUCCAACAGCUUUGUCAGACACUGAAGGCGCAAGUCAAGCAACUCCUUUGGGUGACAGCCCAGCACCCAGCUCAAAUGGCAGCGCCUUCAUCCCACUGUCUGUGGUCCUGAGCAUCCUGCUCAUCCUGGCUCUCAUCACCUCGGUAACGCUGUGUGUCAGGCUGCACAAGCUCCUGGAGAGAACAGGGAACCGAGGAGCAGAGGACACCUAUGGCAAUUCAGAGGGCACAGCACAGCUUGGCAGCACUGAAAGAAGUGAAAGUUCCAAGAAUGACAGCAAAGGCCUAAAACACAUGAACCUGGACUUGCAAUCCCGGCCCAGCCCUGAGGAUCCUCUUUACUGCAAUAUUGAAGCCAGCCAGGCUCCCAGGAACCCCCACGGUGCAAAUGUGGAAUACGCUGUCAUCGCCUUCAACCAGUUCCCAAGGAAUGAUGCAGGAUGAAGCACAGGGUCCCCACACAAUCCAGAAAUGGAGAAACAAACUGGAAUACGGAGUGGGAAUGAGGAGUAGGAGGUGUGUGGGUGGAAACUGGGGGAGGAGCUGAGUUUUGCUACCAUGUGUGUGUUGCCUGUGCAUUUUCAGACCUCCCUCCUGUUAGGGGCCAGUAGAGGCUUUGCCACACUUGUGGCAGAUUGUCUCAGGUC